UCACGCCAAGAUGCCUCCCAAGAUCCAAGAUAUCCCUCGACUCGAUGAUAGUUUUGACCUCCCAAAAACAAUAAUGAGAGCCAACUGUAAUCCAUGUACAACAUGCGUCCUGCAUCCGAAGGGUCUCCGUAUUCUCCUCCUCUAUUUGUGGCUCAGCCUUACGUGUCUUCCAGGUCCUGCAAGAGCGUUUACCAGUUUUCCACGGCGUGUUUUGCAGUCUCCAAGAAGCAGUCGUGGUGAUGACAGGACCAAUGCUGCUGGUGCUGCUGCUGGCAGUAACGAGGAGGAGGAAGACGUGGAUCCAGAUUUAAUGGGAGUUCGUGUGGACGGGUAUCCGAUCCCCGCUACCCCGUGUCGACCAGACGACGCCGCACUCUUGGCCAAGCUUUACAACGUUCCUGGACAGGAUACGCUCUUUACGACAAAUAGCCGUAAACAGCAACGACGACGUGCUCUGAGUAGUGAUGAUCCGCUGUGCGUCAUUGUGGCAGGAGGUGGACUGGGUGGACUGGCCGUGGCGUCGGCACUCUUACGGCAAGGUGUCAAUGUGCACGUGUUGGAACAGGCGGUGGCGUAUCAACCCUUUGGAGGUCCCAUUCAGUUGCAAAGCAAUGCGCUUUGGGCGUUGCAGCAAAUGGCACCGGAACUGUACGAAGCCGUGCGAGAUUGUGGUGUCCAAACGGGAGAUCGAUUGUCCGGAAUUAAAGAUGGCAAGCAAUGGCAAGAAGGCUGGUUGGUCAAGUUUGAUGCUGCCACUCCGGCACGCAAAAAGGGACUCCCCUUGACAUUGGCCAUUAAUCGAGUCGUCUUGCAAGAAAUAUUCCUCAAGUAUGGAGUCCCUCCCGAACGGGUGCACACCAAUGCCCGUGUCAUGUCCUACGAUACCUAUGACGACAAUGACGUCAAUGACGACAAUGAUGAUGAGUAUGGUGUCACGGUCCAUUUGGAGGAUGGGAGGACCAUCCACGGAGGUGUUCUGGUAGGAGCGGAUGGCAUUUGGUCUCGCGUCCGACAUCAAAUGUGUGGAUUGCCACCCGCAGAAGUGGGCAUCCGAUAUGCGACCCAACAUGCCAUUUACAGUGGCUAUACCUGCUUUACCGGAACCUGUCAGCAUAUCCCAGACGAUAUUGAUACCGUGGCAUACAAGGUGUUUCUGGGACAACAACAAUAUUUGGGAUGUACCGAUGCCGGAUAUGGAUGGCAACACUGGUGGGCCUUUUUGCCCGAUGAACCCAUCAUGGCUAUGGACAAACGCAGCAAUAAACAACACAACAAUAUUGAUAAUGGACAGGCUAUGUUGGAACGGCUGAAACGAGAAUUCCGAGACUGGAGUCCUGAAAUUCACGACCUCUUUCAGGCCACACAACCACAAGUCGUACGACAACGAGAUUUAUUUGAUCGAAAACCCAUGUGGCCAUGGACGGACAGCAAGAACAAUAAGCAUGUCGUCUUAUUGGGAGAUGCCUGUCAUCCCACCAUGCCCAAUCUGGGACAAGGUGGAGCCAUGGCCAUGGAAGAUGCCUACGUGCUGGCACUGGAAUUGGCAGACGGCAUUGCCCACACGGACGAAAUUCCAAAACGAUUGGAACGAUACGCGAAACGACGUUUUGUUCGGGCAUCCAUGGCGCAGUUUCUCAGCCGCAAUGGAAGUGAUUUGCUCGUCGAUUGGGACAAAUUACGACAGACACCCAUUGUGGGACCACUCGCCAUGGGGUGUAUCAAUUUCUUGCAGCCCAUUUCCAUGAAUUAUCUCUAUUCGGCAGAUAUAUAGCUAGCUAUCAUAUACUACCUAGGAAAGAAGCAGCAAUACACAGGCGUGGAAAAAUGACAAGAAAGAAUCAAAGGCUGAGAGAGGUGGCUGCAAUGACGAAUGACCACACUGGACCAAAGAGGGGUUCUCCAUCGACGUACGGUGCAUUUCCACCGCCACAGUUGCCUCUCCCAAAACAAUGUCUUCAUUUCUCAGCUACCUGCGGUACGACAGCCAUGGUACACACAGGUGAACGUCAAUGCCUGCUUGGUUCCAGGAUUGAUUGUACCCCCCUGAAUGCGUGCCGGUGCGUGUACCAGAACUGGUAGCUGUCUGUAGUACUCUUCAGCACCAAGGUCCCGAAACCGGAUUCAUUGCAUUAGUUUCACGCUCCCCAUGCAGGCGUACCGGUACAGGUAGGUUUCGCGGCAUCUCGCCAUUUUCCGCAGGCUCCAGGUAGCACUCUUCAGAUAGCGUACCGGUACCGGUACGAUAUGGGUGGACUGGGCAUGGCACACGCCGUCUCCUAAUCAAACCCCACCAAAUAAAACCUACUGUACUUACUUGCUCCACCCCCGUUUAACCCAUCCUCAU